UCUGUGGCGGCAACACAUCAAACAAACAUUAUGGAAAAUGCGCUAUUUUCUAAUGUGCAAAAGUUAUAUGAUAAUGGUUUAUACGAAUGCGUGAUACCGGCGGCAAGCCUUUUGUCGACAGUGCUGCAAAAUGAUCGAAAUGUGGCGACUCUGGAGAUGGAAUACCAAACGAUGCUGUAUCUGAGCAGCGCCAACUACAAGGAGCGCAAUUAUCGCAUGGCCUGCAAUCAACUGGAGGCUGUUGUCCUGCAGCGCAAGGCAAUGUUGAGAUACAAGAGCAGCCACCUGUCGGCCAUCGAAGUCUCCUACACGCAGUUCCAGGAUGUCGAGUUGCGUUACCGAAUUGCCGUCUGCUAUAAGGAACUGGGCGAAUAUAGCAUGGCAAUUAGCACCUUGCAGGCGGUCAAAUCACGAACGCCACGCCUCAAUAUGCUGCUUGCCCGCCUCCUUCACCAUCAUGGACGGGGUGUGAGCAAGAGCGAGACAGCUUUGGCAUUCAAGGAUGUGCUGCGGGAAUGUCCCAUGUCGCUGACAGCGAUUGAGGCGCUCAUUGAGCUGGGCAUCGAUGGCAGCGAGGUGCAUUCCAUGGUGGUUAAUGCCUCCCCGUUACCCAAGAACAUUGAAUGGCUGAGCAGCUGGAUCAAGGCGCAUGCCCAAAUGUAUGGAUGCAAGCAUCUGGAGGCGGCCAAGACAUUCCAACAGCUUAACGAUACCACAAUGCUGCGACAGAACGAACAUUUGCUCACAAACAUUGGCAAGUGUUUGUAUUAUUAUGGGAAUUUCACACAGGCCGAGCAGUACCUGGCCAUGGCAGCUAUGAUUAAUCCACACAAUAUGAAUGCACUAUGUCCACUGUCUGUGGUAUAUGGAUUCAACAGCAAGAAGAAACCGGAACAGGAGAAACUGAUCACACCAACGAGAAUACGAGGCAAUGGGGAAUUCAGUUCAUCACAUUGGUUCCUCUACUCACAGCUCUCGUACAUGAGCUCCAAGUAUGAGCGGGCAUUGAUCUUCGCGGAGCGAGCUCUGUCCAUCGAUCCGCGCAACAUUGAGGCACUGCUGCUGCGUGGCAAGCUCUUUGGUGGAUUGGGACGACACAAGGAGGCCAUCGAUGUGUUUCGCACUGCACAGUGUUUGGCACCAUAUCGCUUUGAGGUCUACAAAGGAUUAUUGGCUUGCUAUAUACGGCUCAAGCGUUCCAAGGAGGCCCAGGUGAUAUGUGUCCUAGCUGUGCGCUAUUUUCGCACAUCGCCACGCAGCUAUACAAUGUUUGGCGGCACAUUGUUCCAUUCAUCCGAUCCGGAUGCCAAGAAGAGCGCCAAGAGAUUAGUGGAGAAGGCCCUGCAAAUUGAUGAACAUUAUGCACCGGGCAUCGCCUUGUUGGCGGGCAUCUUUCAGCAUGAAGGAGCUUCACAGGACGCCAUUGGAUUGCUGCGCAAGCAGGUCUCCAAUUAUCCGCAUCCCAAACUGUUUGCCAUGCUGGCCGAAUUGCUCAGUGUGGAAAAGGAUCUCGAUGGUGCAUUGCACUUCUUCACAUUGGCUUUAAGGCUCGAGCCUACUUUCCGGCGUGCUUUGGAGGGUGUUAACGCUUUGACGAAGGCGGCACGCAGCAGCAAUGUGGCAAGUAAACCCAGUGACGCCAGCAGCGGCAGCGGCUGUGGCAGCAGCAGUUCCAGCACAAAUGUGGCAGGCAGCGGCAGCACAGUUACCGCUAUGGCAACGCCAUGUGGCACCCCGAAUCAUGAAUGGUUGCUGGACUGUGAGGAGAUGUCCAACGAUGUAUUGGAGCUGUCAUCGCCCGCUGUGCCGCAGGAGGAUGCCGAAUCGGAUGCUUUCUCCGAACCCUUCUGGCAGGAUGUCGAUGGGGAGAUGACAAACUGAUUUGAUUUCCAAAACAUGUUUAGCUUAAGCUCGAAUUUAUCUAUUUAUUUAUCCAACUG